AUGGUUUCACUGAUUUUAACAAAAUGGAUACGAUAUGAGCAGCUCCAAAAGGCUCAAAAUUUAUUGCUAACAGAAAUUUCAAUGCCAUUUUGCUUACUUGCAAAAAAUGAUCUAAGCCCAAGGUAUGCAGCAAUAGUAGACGAUAGAAGAAUAAUAAUGGGUCUUAAAUGCACAACAGAUUCACUGCAAAAUUCGGGAAAUGACAGGCACUAUGUUACAAAACCAAAAUAUAGUGCAGUUUUUAUUAGAAAACUUAACUUAAGAAAUAUGAGAGGCACCAAGGGCAUUAGGUCAAAUGCUCGCUUAAAUACUUACAAUCACCAAAAAUUCCCACUGAGAACCGUUGUUCAACUUAAAACACCAGUUGGUAACAAAAAGAUACAGACAAAUUUUAAUAUUUUUUUGAAGGCAAAAAUUUUCGGAUUUUUCAUAAAAUCCAAAGAUUAUGCUAAAAAGAUGCAGUUACCUAAACGAUAUUUUUCAACUACUAAAUAUCACAUAGCAGGAAGGGGGUUAGGACCGCAAGAAUAUUACAGUGCUUACGUAUUAAUUUCGUCUUUAUAUCGUAUAACUGGAAGUCUUGGGACGCUACAGUAUUUUGGCAGAGUAUACAUUACUAAUCCAGAAUUUGAUCAUCUGUCCAAUGCAUUGGAUAGCAAGGCCUGGACGAAUUCCAUUGGCACAACUCCACCCAUUGACAACUCUUUGGGCGGGUCCAUUCGUUUAAAGGACACUUGGUUGACAUCAGCACUUGGUGCUAAUCUAGAAAAGCACAAUCCUUCAACUGUUACGCAUUGUUUUGCAAAAGAAUAUGCAUAA